GGCCGGAUGUCGAAGCGCUCCUGGCUUCGGCAUCCGCCCUGACUCAGCCAUUGCUGCCCCUUCGACGGCGCGCCACUAGCGUGCGACCUGUUCGGCCCUGUGCUGACCCACCGGCUGCUGUGCCUGACCAGCCGCUCACCGAGCUGCAGUUCCUAAUGGCCCCUCCCCUCACUCCCUCUGCUGGCCAGCUGGUCGCCGACAAGAGCCCCAGCCCUUCGGCCACCAUUGUCGAAGAGCAUGAUGAGGUGGGCCACUGCAAGCACUUCACCAUGCAUGAGUCGCAGAUCCCGGCCUGGCUUGAUAAGGAGCAGAAGGUAGGGAACUUCCGGUUUGUCCAGUGCGGCGGCAAGAAGAAGCGCGUGCGCGGAUGGUACUGCAAGUACGUGUGCCAUUGCUACGGCCGCCCUGAAAUCAAGGCCAAAGAUAAAAUUGCAGUGCUGGAGGGCCGGGUUGCAAAGAACACGAGGAAGUCAAAGAAGGUCGGGUGUCCGUGCGCCGCCUAUGUGACCUGCGAUAUCGAUGGGACCGCCACCAUCCGCUACUUCCCGAUGCACCAUGGCCACGAGCUGACCAAGAAGAGCGCCAGGAAACACAGCAGACGUGUGGCCAGAAACAGCUCGUCGGAAUCCUCGUCAACCACGCUGCCGACCGAGCCCCUGAGCCCGUCCAGUACACGCCAAUUCCCGACACGCCGCUCAUCUCAUAUACGAGCAUGGCCUCGUCGGCCAGCACGCACAUUGCCGGGGCCGGAGCGCUGGCAAGUGCUGGCGAGCUGUCCAAACUGUAUGCGCAGGACAUACAGAUUGCGCCUGCCCCGGCGCCCUACGCAACCACCGGCCUGACUCAGUGGAUGGCGCUGUGGAAGACUCUUGGCCAUCUGCCGUUUGUCGAAACAGAGCCAUUCUCGUUUGGCUUUGUGCGUGCGCAGGCAGCAUCGUGCCUUCCAUCGCCAACAGACCACUGCCGU